AUGGAGGCUUUCGUCAAGGCGAUAGAGACCCUUGAGACAGUUCCAGACGAGGCAGACGAUGAGAGCAUUAUCUUGGAGGAGGCGGAGGACUCAUUUCAAGAUGCAGAUCAGAUCGAUGACCUCACCAUCUCAACUGUUGGUUUGAAGGAGUCGUCUGAUGCUGUACUUGACAUUAGUAGCCUUCCACUUCCACAAGUACCGGUACAUCCACUCCCUUUCAGUUCUACCAAACCAGCUGUUGAAGCAACUCUCCUGCCGAUUCCCACACCAGAGGAAUACGAGGCUGAAUGGCGGAAUGAAACUGGUGACAGCCAGACAACAGAGCAGUAUAUGGAGCCAUCUCCUACACCUGUAAGAGAGUUGUCAACUGCAUCUCUGAAAGAUGAUUCCAUUGAUGAAUCAGAGAGUGAGGAAUCGGUGGGGCCUAACAACAUUCCAGGGUAUGGCAAAGUUCAGGAGCUAGCGGCUUGUUUGGUUAUUCUCCGAAAGAACACCUACCUCACUGAUCAAGAAGCCGAUCGUCUUAUACAACUCUGGAACAACCUGAUUGAUUACGACAAAAGACCAACUUCCUUCCCUGAGAGAUUUUCCAAGGAAGCCAGGGGACGGUACAAGGCCAAGAAAUCCAUUCCCAAUGUUGUACCAGGAGUUGAAAGUACAGAAAGGUGCAUGCGUGGUGGACCUGAUUCAGUACCUGCAAGCUGGCCAAAUGCCAACAGGUAUACCAAACGUGCCAAAGACCUUAACAAACUUGUUGUUACCAAGGGCGUGAGGUUUGUCAAGCCAUCAGAAACAACCACUGUGGGCAUUCCGGCUGCGGUUGAAAAACCAGCUGAACUUUCAACAGGGACAGCUGUACCUCGCGUAUUCCCAUGUCCAACAAAUACUGCUGGAUUGGCAAAAUUUAAAGGGCAGAGAAAGAGGCCCAAUCAGCAGACUAAAACAGUGACAGCAGAGGUUGCCCAGAGCCGGAUAUUCCUGCGAACGGGCGCGUGAGCACAACAAACGGCCUGGGGUUGGAACAAGCAAUUUACUACUCCUGCAUACAAGGAAUAGAACUUGUUGGGCUAACCAAGCGGAUG